GGAGAGAGGGAGGAAGAGUGAGAGAGCGAGAAGAAAAGAAAAAGGUGGGCCCUCACUCUGAUGCACUUCUUGCCACAGCGUCACUGUUCUCCAUCAUUAUCAAAGUGAAGGAGUUGUAGAUAGUCGCAGAAGACAUCCUGUGGAUAGGGAUAACUUUUUUUUUUUUUUUCACCAGCUCUGUGAACUCAUAUUGUUUCAGAGGACAUGUUGACUCCACUAAGAAGCCCUCAUCUAUGGAAGCGUGGGAAUUCUGGGCUGAAGUCUUAGUGCGGUCAUGCAACUCUCCAGAGGCGAGACAUGUAAGAACACGAGUUCUUUGUGAGCAAUUAUCACAUUUCAGACUUUUUAGGAAAAAAAAAAAGUUGAUGUGCUAAACUUCUAGUGACUGAGCUGGUGAAUAAUGGAUGACAACCUUAGCACAUUAGUGUCUGCUUCAGAGAACAUCACCUCCCCCUACCACCCUGCUGAGGGAUCCUGGAUCCUCCUCGUCUUGGUCACUGUCAUCGCCAUUAUAGUGGCGGGAAACCUGCUGGUCAUCAUCGCUAUUGCGUCUACUUCCCAGCUCCAGACGACAACAAACAUCUUCAUCAUGUCUUUGGCGUGCGCUGACCUCAUCAUGGGGGUCCUGGUGGUGCCCCUGGGGGCCACCAUUGUUUUGACGGGCAACUGGCAGCUGGAUGAAAUCUCAUGUGAUUUCUGGACUUCAGUGGAUGUCUUGUGUGUGACUGCAAGCAUCGAGACACUCUGUGUGAUCGCUGUGGACCGCUACAUAGCCAUUACGAGGCCACUCAGACACCAGGUUCUGCUGUGUAAGUGGCGCGCCAGGGCAAUCGUUUGUUUAGUGUGGCUUGUUUCCGCCUUAAUCUCAUUUGUGCCAAUUAUGAAAGGAUACUGGCGUGCUGAUGACGAGUAUGAAGCCAGGAUGUGCUACGAUGUCCCCACUUGCUGUGACUUCGUUACCAACCGGGCCUACGCCAUUGUAUCUUCUACAGUGUCUUUUUACAUUCCUCUCUUCAUAAUGAUCUUUGUGUACGCAAAGGUCUUCCUAAUAGCGAGGCAGCAGGUACAGCUAAUUGAUAAGAAUAGAAUGCGCUUCAAGCAAUGUCCGACUUUGCAAAUGCAAGUAGCUUCCAACCACAACAAUGUCCUCCAGUCGGAAUGCAUGAGCCAUGGCGCAUGCAACAGCACCAUGGGAAGGAAGGGCGUCAAGCGAAGACCAUCGCGGUUAUUGCUUGUUAAAGAACACAAAGCCCUAAAAACACUGGGUAUCAUCAUGGGAACCUUCACUGUGUGCUGGUUGCCGUUCUUCGUCGCCAACAUCAUCAAUGCUUUUGACCGAAACAUUCCAUCAGAGAGGAUAUUCCGCCUCUUAAACUGGCUGGGCUACGUCAACUCUGGACUCAAUCCCAUCAUCUACUGCCGCAGCCCAGAGUUCCGCACUGCUUUCAAGAACCUUCUGGGUUGCCCAUGGCUGUCAACCCUGUGGCUAAAUACGUUCUACAAAGAACUGAGAACUCGAUGCUCCUGCUUUUCAUGGCAGACCGAGUCGGGGCUGGCAGGCUCUUUCCACAAAACUGCAACUGGUAGCCUGGCCAGUUCUCAAGGGAGCAACAAGAGCGAAGAGGCUUCACCUAUUCCCCUUCCGUCCAAUGGCAACACACUGUUCAGUGAUUUGUCACAACCUGAACCCAAAUUCUUCAUAUUGCAGGAAAAAGACGGAUGAGGUCUGCAAAAUGUCGCAUUGCUGAAGUCAAAUGACUCAAUGAAGACAAUGUGAAUCCAAGCAGCCAAGGAGGAUGCUCCCAAGAAGACAGUGAGGUCCAGCACUGAGAUGGCUGAUACUGUCUGAACAAUGUGGCGAUACCGCUUGCUUGGACAGCUGCUGACAUAUGGCAUCAUGGACAUAGAGUGAGAUUUACUUCAGUAGAAUUAACUUAACUUAAAGGGGAACUGCACUUUUUGGGAAUUUUGCCCAUCAUUCACAACCCUGAUGUCAAACAUGAACACAUUUCUUUCCCUUUUCUGUGCAUUAUAACACAAGAAAAUUAGUUAAAAAGAUUUAGCUAACAAUGCACAUCAUUGGGAUGCACAUAUUUUGACUGGGAAGCCAUCUAAAAAAAACCUUUAAUAACGUUGCAUCGUCUGAUAUACAUGUGAUCAUACAUUAACAUGUACACUGAUGAUAACAUGUAAUAGUUGCAGUAUUUUGAUGAGUGACAAAACGCAUUGAUUUCACAUACGUAUGCCAUCCGUCAGACAAAUAUAGUUUUUCAUGUUGAUUACUUGAUUAAUAUACAUGUCAGUUAUAUAUUUUACUAUUUAAAAUAGAUAUUUACCGUGAUGUUAGCUACCUCUUAUUAACUCGUUUUCUCACGCUAGGGGGCACAGAAAAGGGAAAGAAAUAUGUGUUCUUGUUUCACAUAAGGAUUGUGAAUGAUGGGUAAAAUUCCCCUCCAAAAUUGCAGUUUCCCUUUAAUCAUUGGUAAUUUACUUGCAAACUAAAAGGAAUAUUUUGUAUGGUUGUUUGUGUUUGCAAACUGUAAAAACCCCAAAAAACAAAAAAAACCCAAACAUUUGCACAAUAUCAUAUAGUAAGUUAUCUAUUUAUGAUACACACUGUCUGUUAUAAACUUUGUAAUUUAAUAAACUCUUUUCACAGUCCAUUUAGGAAUGUUAGUUUAAUUGCACAAAUGUAAAGUCUGUUCAGUGUAAUAUUUAAUUCUGGUGUCACUAUUUUUGGCCUGUGAACUAUUUAAUUAGCUAUUUCACUAAAUGCUCCUGUCUUUAAAUGAUAAUGUGACUGUUGAAAAUCACCACUUUGGAUUUUUUUUCGCCAAUAAAACUUUCAGAAGAACAUUUGUUCAAUUGAUCUCAACAGAUUUCUAUUAGUGUGCAAUGUAAAGUAUGACAUAUCUUCAGUGUUGGGCGAAUUAAUUAUUAAUUAAUUAGUUACUAGUUAGUCAGUUAUUUUUUCCAAAAAGGUAUUUCAAUUAAUAACAGUAAUUCUCCAUAAUCAAUAUUUGUAGAGUGUGUGCCAUUGGGAGGUGUUCAUUGAUUUGCCAUUUAGUUCCCUGUGCAGUAGUAGUAGUGAACAGUUGUGACUGAAGCCACAUUCAGAGAUAUCAUGCCACACUUCACCUUUGGAAUUAGUAAUUCAUUAGUUUACCCUUUACUGGAAAACAAUGAAGGCAUUAGUUAUUAAGAAAUGAAAUGUUAAAAUAAUAGUCAUUGUUUCUGACAGUGUCUUUAGUGUUCCAUGUUCCUGCUCUCAUCUAAAUGGAGGACACAGCUUGUCUUUGAGAGAGAAUGAGAGAGAGAGAGACAGAAAAAAAAAAGUUUUUAGAGCCCAUCAAGGAGCUGGCACCAAAAAAACUAAGAAGUCACAGCAAAAAAACCCAAACUCCCCAAAAAAUCUUUUGAGCUACACCUCUUUCAGCUCUGUUCAAGGUCUGGGGAAUUGCUAUGUGGUAUGUGUACAAUAACAGGAUGUUUGUAUUGCAUUGAAAAAUAAAUUUAAAAAAAGCAAUGUGAACAGUGUUUGCAUGUGUGACCCCCCGCAGAGUCGGCA